GUUUUAAUUUUGUAACCCCUUUCCGACGAGCCCACCUCCCGUUAAAAAACCGUGGCCGCUUCUCGCCUCUCCUCUGGCCGCCCUCCGCCGGCGGCGAUGGACGCUCGCCACGCGUCCCUAGGACGACGAACGUUGGAAGAGAUCCGCCAAAAGAGAGCUGCCGAAAGAUUACACAGAGCCUCGUCCGGAUCCGAUUUGGAAUCCUCCGAUCCAUAUGGGACUCGGAGACCGGAGGGCGGAAAUCAGACAGCAGAGAGAGAUUCUUAUGCAUUAGUUAAAGAACUUGAGAAUAAAAAUACAGAAUUGGAAAGAGAAAAUCGGAGGCUGCUGUCAAAGCUUGAAGAAGAGGAAGUUGAAAAUGAUUCACUGAUGAAGCGUUUAAAUGAUCUGGAAAAAAAUACUUUGCCUUCCUUGAGGAAAUCUCUCAAGGAUGUUUUUAUAGAAAAGGAUGCAGCAGUUGUUGCCAGGGAGGAUGCUUUGUCCCAACUUCGGACCAUGAAGAAACGGUUGAAGGAGGCAGAAGAGGAGCAAUACAGAGCUGAAGAGGAUGCUGCAGCUUUAAGAGCAGAAUUAAAUUCAUUACAGCAACAAGGAAUGGGGAAUUCUUUUAGUAGCAUCCCUUUAAGUGACUCAACAGAGAAAACUCUUGGCAUGGAAAAGGAAAUAAUGGAUUUGAAGUCUGAGUUACAGCAUGAGUCACUGUUGAGGCAACAAGAGCAACAAAAACUAGCUAAAGAGCAGCUUCGAACUUCUUCCUCAUGUCUGAAAAAGCAGGAGCUGGAAGAUAGACUUGCAGCUUUGACCAAAAAGAUUUCAGAAGAUGCUUCAGAUUUAGCUGCUCACAAGGGAUUCUCUGUGAAAGAGAAGGAGAAACUUGAAAAACAGCUGCAUGAUAUGGCAAUAAUGGUAGAGAGGCUUGAAAACAGUCGACAGAAACUAUUAAUGGAGAUUGAUUCACAAUCUUCAGAGUUAGAAAGGUUAUUUGAAGAGAACUCUAAUUUGUCUGCUGCUUAUCAAGAUGCAUUAGGAGUUGCAGGGCAGUGGGAGAACCAGGUGAAAGACUGUCUGAAGCAGAAUGAAGAGCUUCGUUGCCAACUGGAUAUGCUGAGAACUGAACAAAUCAACCCACUGCAAGCAAGGGAUCAUACUGCCCAGUCAUACAUGGAAACUGAGAGAGGAACUAUACCCGAUCCAUCAGAAUCUGGUGCUGAAAAUUUGCUGCUUAAGGAUCAACUUGUCAAGGAAAAAAGCAGAGCUGAGGCACUGGCUGCAGAAGUUAUGAAGCUUACCGCUGAACUUAGACGUGCAGUCCAAGCACACCACAAUCUCACACACCUCUAUAGACCAGUACUGCGAAACAUAGAGAAUAACCUAAUGAAAAUGAAGCAAGAAACCUUUGCAUAAUAUGGCGAUGAUAGUGGAGGUCCAUGAAGUGAUACGGUUGAUGGCUACUGAACUGGAGCAUGAUGAGCCUACUCCUUAUCCAGAAGAUGAUCGACAGAUGUUGUGGCUACUUUUCAGAGGUUGGUGCUUGAACUCCACAAUUUGAUAAUUUUAAAGUUUCCAAUUCAGUUUAUUCUAGCUUUUGAGUUAUUGAUAUUGACUAGCGCUUCACCAUGUGAUAAGUGGGCUUGUAGUCUAUACGCUACAAAAUUUUGUGCAAGAAGACAUACUUUGUGUCAAACGAUUUCAUUUCAGCUUUUGAAUCAAUUGGAGUUUCUCUCUGUCUCACUGAAAAGAUCUUUCAAAGUUGGGGCCUGAAGUCCACCAUUUGAUAAUUUUAAAUUUCCAGUUCGGUUUAUUCUAGCUUCUGAGGUCUUGAUAUUGACCAGCGCUUCACCAUGUACGCUGAGUGUGCUUGUAAUCAAUACUACAAAAUUUUGUGCAAGGAAACAUACUCGUGUCAAACGAUCA